CUUGCCUCCUGCAGUAUUUCCUCAGUCGCUCUCUUAGGCUCCCCAUGGAUGCCGAAGAAACUGGAGACUGGGAAAGGAGCUGAGCGCGAAGCAGCUUGUGGAACAGAGCAGGGCUGCGGUUGGUGCUGCGGAUACCUGCCUGCCAUGCUGCUUUGCUCCCUGCUCCUUCCAGCCUCCUCCGGGCUGAGCCCAUCACGUGCCCUGGGAAGGUGCAAGGUCCAGCGGGGCAGGGAUCGCGGAGCCCAGGGAUGGCAGCCGCCUGCGAAAUGAAGCGCCUGCUCUUCCUCCUGGGCAUCCUGCAGCUCCUUGCUGCCAGUGCUGCUGUGUACAAGCAGUGGAUCCCCAACACCAAUUUCGAAACCUCCUCCAACUGGGAUAAAGGCAGAGUCCCCUGUGCCAGCGAUAAGAUUCACUUCGAGAAGGACAAGGUCGUCUCAGUCUAUGUCAGGUCUYCCCACAUGCUGACGGAUAUGUACCURCCCCUGAAYGGAGAGCUCGUGCUGGCAGCUGGUGCAGGAUUCACCGCUUUCGAUGGCAGCUGGGACCCAGGCUGUGACUCAGGUGGAACAGUGAGGUUCACCGAUGCUGAGCACCACGCAUGGUUUGACCCCACACUGUGGCAGGAUGUCCUUCCCAGCGGGGAGCUCAAGCCCAGCGGGCCCCUCUUUUCCGUGGAUGAGGAGCGCGUCCCGUGCCGCCACGAYGAUGUGGUGUUCCCGCCCGAAACCUCCUUCCGCGUGAACACAGACUCUGCGCAGGCCGUGAUUCACCUCCGCAGCAUUUCUGUCAUGGGCCAGGAGCUGAACACCCCAGAGUCCUGGGCUGGGUACCUGCGGGGCUCCUCUGCCCCGCUGCAGUUCCAUGGCAAUGCCACUCUCCAGGUGACAGGCGCUGGCUGUCCCGACAAGUCUGGCUGUGCCUGCGGGAACGCUGCGGAUGGCCCCCGCAUCUGCGCAGCCCUKCUCGGGGCAGGGAGGCAGUGCCCAGAGCCAGCGUGCCCGAGCCCUUUGCAGCCCCUUGGCCACUGCUGUGGGGUCUGUGGGGCCACCAUUAACCUGGAUUUCACUCCUGAUUUUGACCUGCAGAAGUACCAGGACAGACUGGUCCAAGAUCUGCUGAGCCAGCCCAAGUAUGCUGGUGUGCAGAUGGCCAUGUCCAAGGUGCACAAAGCACAGACCUUCCUGGGCAUCCUUCCCCGAAGCUCCACUCCUCUCAUCCAAAUCGUGCUGGUUGAUGACCGAGYGGGAGUGCAGAUGGGCACCGCCGCAGAGCAGCUGGCAGCAGCCAUCAUGGAGGACAUAGCACAGCACGGUGAAGCUCUUGGCAUUUCAAGUGGCAAAAUGGAGGUGGCCACUGGCAGCAUUUCCAGCGGGCAAGUGGGGAGCUACCCAGCGAGCAGGAUCACAGCAGGGACAGUCAUGGGGCUGCUCUUCAGUCUCUUGCUCCUUGGAGGGAUCCUCUUUCUCUACAGAAGGGGAAAGCUGAGGUUGCCUGUCCUGCGCCCGUCCUGGCCCUGGGAGAGAAUGGAGGAGCCGGCGUCCCCUGCACCAGCCAGUGACAAAGGCUUCAACAACCCCAUGUUCAAUGUGGAGCCUCCAGGUGCUGACCUUGGAGUGGAGGCACUGAAAGACCUGCAGGUGUUCUACCUCAACCCUCUGUAUGACGCCAGCGAGACAGAGACCUGAUGGUGAAGGCUCAUGCUGGGGCAGACACCACUUUCCUGGGGACACCACCACCUCCCCAGCCCUCACAACCCCUCGCAGUUCCUCGCAUCACUCCUGGUGGGAUUUCUGCCCACYUCAAUAAAAGUGUCCGUGCAGUGAAGGAAACCAUAGCAGACCUUCACUGUUGGGACUCAGUCACAUGGGUGUGG